CGACCGCCCCUUAGUGGGCGCAUGCUCCGUGCGUCCCGGAGGCUGCUCAGUGGCGGUGUUUCCUCACGUGCGGCGGGGACCUGAGGGCAUCAUGCUGUGAGGAGAUGGGGGCCACGGUGGCUCGCGCUGUCAGGAACUUUAAUUUAGAGAACCGGGCAGAACGGGAAAUUAGCAAGCUGAAGCCAUCUCUCGCUCCCAGGCACCCCUCCACCAAGAACCUACUCCGAGAGGAGAUGAGCCGCCAUCCAGAGGUUAAGGGAGAAAUUACUAGAAAAGAUGACAAGCUGCUGUCAUUACUAAAAAAUGUUUAUGUUGAUUCCAGAGAUCCUGUGUCUUCUAUGCAGGCAAAAGAUGAUGGAACACGUCCAAAGCCAAAGGAGUUCAGAUUGCCGAAAGGCCAUCACCUUGAUGAGAAUGUUACAAACAUUCCCAAAGGCAAAAUUUCAAUUGUAGAGGCAAUGACACUUCUCAAUAAUCAUAAACUUUAUCCAGACACGUGGACUGCUGAGAAAAUAGCACAAGAAUACCAUCUAGAACUGAAAGAUGUAAAUUCCCUUCUCAGGUACUUUGUUACUUUUGAAGUCAAAAUCUUUCCUUCCAAAGACAAGAAAGCCAUACAACUGAAAUGAAGAAAAUCAUGAAAAUAUUUUCCAUAUAUGUACUCUGUAAUUAAUGUUAAAUUAUAUAAAUUGGUGAAUGUUUAAAGCUCUCUCCUUAUGAGAGCACACUGUUUGUUGAGCUCUGCUGACUUCUGAGGAUUACUGAGAGAAUGAGUUUUUUUUUGUUUGUCUUUUUUUAACUUUAAUUUGGUUUAGACAUAAGAUUGUAUAUGUCAGCAGGGCUAAUCAGCAUAACAUCUAUAAAUUUAUUAUAAUAAAAUAAUUGUCAGGCAUAUUGUAUCAUCUUUUAAAUUGAUCAUGUUGUCUCUUGGGGAAUGCCCUCAAUCCCUCAGUUAGCAUUCAGAUUUCACUUUUCAGUUUAGGUGGUGAGUGAAAAAGUACAAGCUUUCCUAACGGUUAAGACCGUUUUUGCCAGAGAGAGGUAGACUCGGCAAUAAGGUAGAAUACUUAGUAUUUCCCAAGUAAAAGCAGGUAGCAGAUGAGAUAAAAAUCAAUAGAAAGUGUGUUUUUUAAACUACUUCAGGAAUGGGUAAAAAUAUUGAGGGGUUCCUUAGUUUCAGAUUAGCCUUAAUUAUGGAAUAACUAUCUUUAAAAUUAUUAAAACAAAAAAAUAUAUAUAUACAUACAUAUCCCAGUUCAUACAUACACGUAUAUACAUAUAUAUAUAUAGUAAUUAGUGGUUAUUUAUAAACUCUUUGGGCCUUGGGUAAUGCAAACAGUUGGGUUUUUGGCUCCUAACUGAAAGGUUGGUGGUUUGAAUUCACCCAGCGGCACUGUGAAGAAAGGCCUGGCGAUCUACUUGUGUAAGAUUAUAGCCGCUGGAAACCUUAUGUAGCACAGCUCUCUCUGAUACACAUGGGGUCACCGUGAGUUGGAAUCACCAGCAACAGGGUAUAAACUUUUAGCAACCUCUGCUUUGACAAAAGGAGCCCUGGUGGCACAGUGGUUAAGGCCUCAGCUGUUAACCAAAAGGUUGGUGGUUCGAACUCCAAGGCAGAAAGAUUUAACAGUCUGCUUCUAUAGAGACUACAGCCUUGGGAACCCCUAUGAAGCAGUUCUCUGUCUUACAGGGUUGCUAUGAAUCAGAAUUGACUCAGCGGCAACAGAUUUGAUUUUUUGGUUUUGGCUUUGACAAAAGAAAUAGGUAAGUCUAAAGUUUCAGAGAGGCAGGCAGCCAUGGGAACUGUCUGAAAAAUUAACUUUUCUCUAGAUUUAAUAUGCAAAUACGAGAAAAUUUUAAAGAACAGUUCAAAGAAGAGCCAUGGUAAAUGAGAUUUGAUCAAAUACAUGUACAGUCAUCCCUCAGUAUCUGCAGGGAAUUGGUUCCAGGUACGCCACGGAUACCAAAAUCCAUGAAUGCUCAAGUCCCUUAUAUAAAAAUAGCAUAGUGUUUGCAUAUAUAACUUAUGCACAUUCGUAUACUUUAAAUCAUCAAUAGAUUACUUGUAAUACCUAAUACAAGGUAAAUGGUAGAUAAAUAGUUGUUAUACUGUAUUGUUUAGGAACUAACAAGGCCUUAGGUGAACAAUGUCCAAACAAUGAGUGCUAAAGAGAAACUGAGGAGCUGUGAAAUGGUGGGAGGCCUCAGUAGGCUGUGCCUACGCAUUUCAUUCACAUGGAUUCACUGUAGUGCUUGGUAUGCAACAAAUUCAAGUUUUGCUUUUUGGAACUUUUUUCCCCCUGAAUAUUUUUCAGUCCAGUUGGUUGAAUCCGUGGGCUGCACAGAUAAGGAGGGCUGAUUAUUUUCUAAUUUCAAUGCUAGUUGUGUAAAGGGGAAAGUAGAAGCAUAAAAUGUGAUCACUGUAAAAGUCCUAGGAAAUUGCCGAUUGAUCCAUAUAACAAACUUGAAUGAGCACAAUGUAUACCAGCACUAGGAUCUUGAGCAAGAUUGUUGGUUUAGCUCUGCCAUAUACCACCUCUGGGAUCUUGAGUAGGUCAUAUAACCUCUUUGAGACUGAAUUUCAUCUCUAAGAUGGGUAUAAUGCCUUAAAUCAAAGGGUUGCUGCAAAGAUAAAUAAAGGGACUAUGAAAGACUAAACAAAUAAGAACUGUUUGUCGCAGUUUAAGAUAAAGGCCUGGGGAAGGUACCUGAUCUAAGAUUAUUCUUAGUUUAUGACGUAGCCAGGUCUAGAAUUUGUGUUUUCAGAAUCCUAGCAGGAUGCUUUUUGUGCUGUGCCCAAGAGAAGCGUACCACAAAAGUGCAGGAGGUGUGAGUUGUAGAAAUGUUAAGGCAUGUAGUAAAAGUGCAGGUUGUCAGUGUCUUUCUCAGGGAAAAAAACCCUAACCCCUAUAUUUUGUGGAGAAAAUACUGACGUUUCAAGGAUUUCAUUUUACUUGGAUCCACAAUCAAUGCCAUGGAAGCAGCAUUGAGCAGAUCUGCAAAAGACCUCUUUAAAAGUGUUAAAAAGCAAAGAUGUCACCUUAAGGACUAAAGUGCACCUGACCCAAGCCAUGGUAUUUUUAAGUGUCUCAUAUGCAUGCAAAAGCUGGACAAUGAAUAAGGAAAACCGAAGAAGAAUUGAUGCCUUCUUCUUAUGGUGUUAGGGCAAAUGUUGAGCAUACCAUGUACUGCUGGAAGAACAAACAUGUCUUGAAGUACAGCUAGAAUGCUCUUUAGAAGCAAGGAUGGCGAGACUUUGUCUUACAUACUUUGGACAUGUUAUUAGGAGGGACAAGUCCCUGAAGAAGGACAUCAUGAUUGGUAAAGUAUAGAGUCAAUGAAAAAGAGGAAAGACCCUCAAUGAGAUGGAUUGACACCGUGGCUGCAACAAUGGGCUCAAACAUAGCAACAAUUGUGAGGAUGGCGCAAGACUGAGUAGUGUUUUGUUUUGUUGUACGUAGGGUCACUAUCAUUGGGAACUGACUCAGCACCACAUAUCUGUGGAUAUAAUCCCAUUUGGGAAUAGGGUUUUCUCUGUUUUGUUAAUGAGGCCACUUCAGUGUAAAGUGUAUUUUAAGUCAGUCACGUUUGAGAUACAGAAGGAGCAGAUUAGGGACAGAAGCAACCAAGCUCCAGUGGGUGAAAGAUAGAUGCCACAUGGAAAUAACCAAGGAAUGCUAGAGAAACUGAGACAAGAGCUGGCACCCUGAUUUCGAACUUCCAGCCUCCCAAACCGUGAGAAAGUAAAUUUCUGCUUGUUAAAGACAUCUACUUGUGGUAUUUCUGUUAUAGCAGCACUAAGAAACUAAAACGUGUUUUCAAAUGCAGUUUCAUUAUGUGAAUAGAUCAUGGUCUAGUUUAUAUUUGGUUUAAUACAGUACUUUCAAGCAAACAAGAAAGAACUCUAACAAUAUAAAAUAGCAUUUUAAAACGCAUGUACAUCAGCCGUCAGAAUUUUUUAUCAUGUAAAAGUCAAUGCUUGAACCACUAGUACUGCAACUUCUGAACAUCUUUUCUGUUCAGAUCUACAUGGUGUGGUUUGUCCUAUGCACAGGGGAGUGAAAGGCUGGCCAGUCCUGCGUCAUCCCUGUAAUUGGGUGCAGACUGGACCAUUGUGAUCCAUAGGGUUUUCCUUGGCUAAAUUUCAGCAGUAGAUUGCCAGGCUUUCUUUCUCUUCCA